GGCAGGUGGCGGUGGGGCGGCUCGGCGCGGACACGGACCGCGGUGACUCCCCCAGGCCGGGGGCGGCGGCGGGCGCGGACACCUCAGACCUCAUGGAAACUGGGGGCGAUGCCAGAUCGGCACCUCGGCGGGGAGGCAGAGGAGGAGGAGGAGGCGGCGGCGGCGGCCGUGGCGGGGUUCCAGCGACUGCCGAGCCCGGCGCUCCCCCGGCUGCGGAGACGAACAUGAAUAUGGAUGGCCCCGGCGGCGGCGGGGGGAGCGGGGCGGCCGCUGCUGCAAUGCCGGGGGCCCCGGGAGCCCCAGCCCCGCCACCCCGCGGGCACUGCUCCAGGGAUCCCAAAAUGGUCCAUCAGCGGUUCCUGCGGCGCAGCGUGGUGGAUUCGGACCAGGAGGAACCUGCUUUCGACCUUCCCGAGUCAGAGCAUCAGAGGAAGAUCAUCCUGCUCCCCAAAACCCGGAGGAUAAUUGCGGAGAGGGCGAAGGCAGGGCACGGGGCCCUGGAGAAGGGCUGCCUGGAGGCUGAGCCUUCUGGGGAGCUGAAGGCAGCGCCGGCCCCGGGCACUGUCGCAGGGGCUGAGGAGCAGAAGGAAACUGAGAAAGAUGCGGAGAGGAAAGAGGCGUUGGAUGCUUCCAAAGACCAGAGCAAGGCUAAGAAAGAGGAGCCUGAGGAGGAGGCUGAUAUGAAAGCGGUUGCUACCUCGCUGGAUGGCAGGUUCCUAAAGUUUGAUAUUGAACUCGGGAGGGGAUCCUUCAAAACGGUCUAUAAGGGCCUGGACACGGAGACGUGGGUGGAAGUUGCAUGGUGUGAACUUCAGGACAGAAAACUCACAAAAGUAGAGAGGCAGAGAUUUAAAGAGGAAGCAGAAAUGUUGAAAGGUCUACAGCAUCCAAACAUUGUGAGAUUUUAUGACUUCUGGGAAUCCUGUGUGAAAGGCAAAAGAUGCAUCGUGCUGGUUACCGAAUUGAUGACCUCUGGAACACUGAAGACGUAUCUGAAGAGAUUUAAAGUGAUGAAACCAAAAGUCCUGCGGAGUUGGUGCCGGCAAAUCCUGAAGGGUCUUCUUUUCUUGCACACAAGAACUCCACCUAUAAUUCACAGAGACUUAAAAUGUGACAAUAUUUUUAUUACUGGACCAACUGGAUCUGUGAAAAUAGGAGACUUGGGUCUGGCAACCCUCAAGAGAGCUUCAUUUGCCAAAAGUGUAAUAGGUACACCAGAAUUUAUGGCCCCGGAAAUGUAUGAGGAACACUACGAUGAAUCUGUGGAUGUCUAUGCUUUUGGAAUGUGCAUGUUGGAAAUGGCUACCUCAGAAUACCCUUACUCAGAAUGCCAGAAUGCUGCUCAAAUUUACCGGAAAGUAACCUGUGGUAUAAAGCCAGCAAGCUUUGAGAAAGUUACUGAUCCUGAAAUUAAGGAGAUAAUUGGGGAGUGCAUUUGCAAAAAUAAAGAAGAAAGAUAUGAAAUUAAAGAUUUAUUAAGCCAUGCCUUUUUUGCUGAAGAUACUGGGGUAAGAGUGGAACUUGCAGAAGAAGACCAUGGUAGGAAAUCCUCUAUUGCCUUAAGACUCUGGGUAGAAGAUCCUAAGAAACUGAAAGGAAAACCCAAAGAUAAUGGAGCCAUUGAGUUUACUUUUGAUCUGGAGAAGGAAACUCCUGAUGAUGUUGCACAAGAAAUGAUUGACUCUGGAUUUUUUCAUGAAAAUGAUCUCAAGAUAGUUGCAAAGUCAAUACGUGACAGAGUAGCAUUGAUACUGUGGAGAAGAGAGAGAAUAUGGCCUAGGAUGCAGUCCGAGGAACGUCGGGACUCCGAGUGUCUGGAGAAGUUGAAGACGCCGCAUGCGCAGCAGGUCCAGGUCACCUACCUUUCCCACACCGGUCACCAUGUCCUGUCCGAGUCGGAGGAGCCCGAGGCAGACCAGCACCCCUUCCAGCAAAACCUGCCCACCAGCGUCACUUCUGUCGCGUCCGACAGCACAUUUGACAGUGGCCAGGGCUCCACUGUUUAUUCAGACUCCCAAAGCAGCCAGCAAAGCGUCAUCUACUCGUCUCUGCCGGACCCGGUGCCUCCUGCUCUCCAGCGGGUGUACAGCCCCCCUCUGAGCGAGAGCCAGGCUGUGCCCCACGGCCUUCAGCAGCUGGGGCACUACCAGCAGCCCUCCGGAGCUGGGCUCCCCGCCGUGCCGCCCGCGCCCGCCGUGGUGCCCCCGCGGCCCCAGCACUACCAGGAGCCAGCCAUGCCCUUCCCCGUGGUCCAGCCCACCACUGUCGCCUCCCUGCAGCUGGGGCAGCCGCAGCCGGUGCUGGCUGGCCAGCAGCAGCCACCCAUAUCACAGCAGGCCUCCCUGCAGCAGGUGCUUGCCAGCCAGCCCGUGUGCCCCAUCCAGCCUGCAGCCCACCUCCUGCCCCCCUACCAGCCCCAGACCUCACAGGUGGCCGCCAGCAGCACCCCGCUGAAACCCCUCCAGAUCUCCACCGUGCCACAGAUGCCGCCCGUCGCCCCUUCCCAGAUUCCUCAGUUUCCUGUCAUUCCUGCAAUUACUCCUCUGGCAGGACUUGACAGCCUUCCUCCAAACCUCUCUGAUAUACCUGCCGCAAACGUGCCCCCCAUCCCCGCUCCUUCUCAGUACUUUGCUCCGGCCGUGAUUUUGCCCAGCCUCCCCAUGAACCCCGCUCUGCCCAUGGCCCCCAACUCCCCUGCCCUCCCCAUGCAGGCGGUCAACCUUCCUCACACCACCGUGGCUUCUCUGGUCUUGCCCUGCCAAACGAUAGUGCCAAAUAUGCCGGCUGCCACCAUCCCCUUGCUUGCCGUGGCUCCGCCGGGGGUGCCAGCCCUGCCGCCGCACCCCGGGGUGCCCCCGCUCCCCCCGCAGCCGAUGUACCCCACCACCUUCCAGCAGCUCCUCCAGAGCGAAGCGCCCUCUCCCCACCACGCGCAGGGCACGCCGGCAGCAUCCCAGCCGCAGCCGCCUCCACCUCCUCAGUCGCUUCAGCCGAGCGUUGUCCAUCCUGCAGACCAGGCUCUGUCUGCGCCCGGGGCUGGCCACCAGCAGGUGCCUGGCCACCCUCAGUACCCUCUGGAAGCUGGAGCCCAGGUGCCCGUGCUGCCUGUGCAACAACCUCCGAUAGUCCUGUCGCCGCCUCUGCAGCUGCAGCCGGAGCUGUUGCCUGCCCGCGGCGCCCCUGAAGGCGUUGCCCAGGUCCAUGGCAGCCUUGCCACGGCUAGUCCUCCUGUCCCCAUAGACCACUGUCUGCCUCUUCAGCCUUCUGCUCUGCUGCAGCUCCAGCCCGAUCUUUCCCAGCCGCUGGGUCAGCAGCUCCCAGCCCCCUCCUCAGCUCUCCAGGCAGUCGUGGAGACAUCUCAAGAGGAGCAGGCAAUACAGGAAAAACUUCAAUCUCUGUCACAGAGCUGUGAAAGCUACAUGAGUCCAGAUGUUGCUUCGGGUAAGGAGAUGAGUGACAGCUUUGAAGGAGCAAUAGGAAGUGGAAAACAAGAAGGAAAGUCUUCGAAGAAACAUAAGAAGUCUACCCGUGCUCGUUCACGCCAGGAGAAGUCCAGCAGACCCAAACUGACCAUAUUAAAUGUUUGUAACACGGGGGAUAAGAUGGUGGAGUGCCAGCUGGAAACACACAAUCACAAAAUGGUGACUUUUAAGUUUGAUUUGGAUGGGGAUGCGCCAGAGGAAAUUGCUACUUACAUGGUAGAGAAUGAAUUCAUAUUGCAGAGUGAAAAAGAGACAUUUAUUGAACAAAUGAAAGAUAUUAUUGAUAAAGCAGAAGAUAUGCUCAGUGAAGAUACGGAAGGAGAACGAAGUUCUGAUCAGGGAACGAGUCCUCAGCAAGAUACUGAUAGACUGGAAAUGAAUGAGGAGAAGCGGCAGUCUCAGAUGAAGACACCCGUGUAUCAACAAAAUGUUUUGCAUACUGGAAAAAGGUGGUUUAUUAUAUGUCCUGUUGUGGAAAACCCUACUACUGAUGCACCAGAAUUUUCUCCACCGGUACCUCAGAGUACACAGCAGUCUGAAGGGCCAGACCCAGAGCAGUCAGACGAUCAGCAAGUGAGCUCUGCGGUGACGGAUCCCCCCGGUCUCUUAGCUGGCCAGCAGCCCCCGCUCCAAGCAGGGUUGUGUGACAGCCCCAUCGGAGCCUCUCCCUCUUUGGCUCAAGUUCCUGCCGCCGCACCUGCCGCUGGCUUACCCAGCCAGGCCGAGUUUCCAGUGCCGGCACUCCCGCCAUCGGCUCCAAGUACCCUGGAGCCAGCGGCCGCUAACAGGGCUCAGUAUCCCCCCCGGAAGGUGACGAUGCCCGCCCCGCCGGCCACUCCUGCCCCCCGUGCCGCCAUGCUGGAGGAGCCACCCGAGGCUUCCCCCGCUCCUCCGCACCACCAGCCGCCGGCCGAGGAGGGCACGUGUGUCCCUGACGUGGAAAUAGCGUGUUGCAGUGUGGGGCCACACCAGUCCGUCCCAGCGGAGCUCUGCCCUCUCCCCGUGCUCCCGGACGCCGUUGUUUUGGAGCGGCAGCCUGUGGCCCAGGUCCCCCACCUGCCCGAGGCCGGCCCGCCUGGCCUGCUGCAGCACUCCUUCCUGAGCCAGGCCUUCCCCGCCGCCGACCCGCUGGCUCUGGCGGGCUCUCAGCUCCAGAGCCCCACGCAGGCGGGGGUCGCUGCCUCCCAGCCGCAGGCCCUGCUGUCCCAGGGGCAGCCAUCGGCCUGCCCCGGCCUGGGCAUGGGCCUGCUGCAGCCCGGCACCGCCGAGUCCGACGGAGAGGGGCCGCCCCGGGUGGACUUCGUCGACAACACGAUCAAAAGCCUUGAUGAGAAAUUGCGCAAUUUGCUGUACCAGGAGUACGUUCCGACUUCUUCUGCAUCAGCAGGGACCCCGGACACCUCCGUCCCCUUAGAACAGGGCGACAGUGAAUUGAACUUGCCGCCUUUUCCUGAAGACCAAGCUCCCGUGCUGGCGCUGGACGCGAGAGAGCCCGGCCACAGCGCUGCGGACACCGGCCAGGAGGUGAAAGCUGCUGCCGAGCCCCCCUCGGUGCUGCCCCUUCCCUCCGAGACGUGCCCCCCCCCAGCGCGGUCGGAGGUCACCGCCAUCGGGGCUCAUUCCUCAGAAGCAAGAGGUGGGUCAGUGGGCAGAAAAGGUUCAGCUGCAAGCAUCACUUCAGCUCCUGCUGCUGCAGCAAAAGGCCUCCUUCAGGUUGCACCUACAUCAUCAGGCAUAACUAAACAGAUGGAAACUUCUAAAAGGAGUGAGAAGGCAAAGACUAUGGCUUCGUCUGCACACACAGAUAAUAUAACACAGAUAUCUACAGCAGAUGGGGUGAUAAAUAACCUUCAAAGGGAUGACUCUCUAGACUCUGGUUCCUAUGGAAAACAGGCUGGAACUCAUGAUAGCGGUACACCAGCCAAAACUAUUGGCAGGUUUUCAGUAAUCAGCACGCAAGAUGAAUUAACUUUAACAGCGCCACACUGCUUAAGGUUCUCAGCACCCCCAGACGUCUAUUUGGAUGAGCUCCCUUCCAGCCCUGACCUGAAGACAGCGGUGCGACGGGUGCAGACGGCCUCUUCUGUCGACGUCCUCUGUGACCAGGGCUCGAGCGAUUCCGCCGAUGAGCCUUUCCAUCGGCAGCCGGUGGCUGCUGCCCAGCUCUCCCCACCAAGCAGUAGCGCAGCCACUGACUUAAUUAAAAAAGCAGCUGCUUUUCUGCAAAGAUCUGGCAAAGUGAGCUCACCAGGCCUCGACUCACCUAAUGGGCAAGGAACAAAGAUUCCCACCAUCAACAUAACGUCUUUCCACUCGCAGUCGUCGUACAUGAGCAGCGACAAUGACUCGGAAUUUGAAGAUGCAGAUAUGAAGAAAGAAUUGCAGAACCUGAGAGAAAAGCAUAUGAAAGAAAUUGCUGAACUUCAGACUCAGCAGAAGAAUGAGAUAGAGGCACUGUAUAUUCGGUUAGGGAAGCCCCUUCCUCCCAACCUGGGGUUCCUUCACUCAGCCCCACCAAGUGGCCGUCGCCGAAGAACCAGCAAAAAUAAAUUGAAAGGUGGAAAACUAUUAAACCCUUUGGUCCAGCAGCUCAGGAGUGGAACGUCAGGCGCAAGUAAUCUUUCAGACUCUAAAGACUCACCCCACAAAGAGACAUCUAAAGCUCAGCCUGGAUCUCCCGAAGCAGCAGCAGCAGUAACCUCCCCUGCCCUGGGUACCUUCGGGAAGGCUGUUCAGACGCAGCAGCCGUGCUCUGUCAAAGCCUCCUUGUCCUCUGACAUCUGCUCCGGCUUAGGCCCUGAAGGAGGAGAAGCCAACGCAAGCUCUGGCCAAGGCUGGACGGUUUUCCACCAAACGUCUGAGAGAGUGACCUAUAAAUCUAGUAGCAAACCUCGUACCAGAUUCCUCAGUGGACCUGUGUCUUUGUCCAUCUGGUCCACCUUGAAACGACUAUGUCUAGGCAAAGAUCACAGUAGUAGAUCCUCCACAAACAGUCUCGUAACGUGUCCUGAGCCCCUCCCGCAAUCGACCCUGCAGGUUCAGGCCAACAACAGUAACAACAAGAAGGGAACGUUCACAGACGAUCUUCACAAGCUGGUUGACCAGUGGACAAGCAAAACUGUUGGAGCUGCACAGACAAAACCUUCUUUAAACCAACUGAAGCAGAACCAAAAAAGGCAAGACAUGGAGCCAAAGGCUAAUCCCAUGCAAACCCAGAAUGAGACAUGUGGAGUUAACGCGGUGAGAAGGGGACUGGGGAAGGAGCGCGUGCUGCCGGUGUCCGGCCCCGUGCCGGCCGCGUUCGCUGCGGGAGCGCCGCCCCCCCUGCCCGUCCCCCUGCCCGUGCCCGGGCCGCGCUCUGUGGCGGUGGCUCCUCACCUGAUGCCGCUCUGUCCCUUCGGAGGAGUUCUCCCCGCGCCCGCCUACGGCCUCCCGUGGCCGGCGGCACAGCCCGGCGCUCCCGGCCCGUCCCGCUUCUCGCCGCUGGGCAGCCCCUGCCUGCGGAUGUACCCGGGGGGGCUGCGGCCGCCCCCCGCCGAGCCCCCGCGCCCCCACCUGCGGCUGGCGUAGCCGGGGGUGGGGGGUCCCGCGGGGGGGCCGUGCGGGAGGAGGGAGGGCCCCGCCGUGCCCGCCCCGCCGUCACUGUGAGCGCCUCGCCGGGAGGGCCCGUCCCUCGGGCAGUUUCUGCUUCUCUGUAGUGCUGAAGACACUUUAUUCCGUUGUGUUCCGGUGUUUCACACUCGCGGUCCUUAAAGUCAAUGUACUUGAAUCGGUGACUGGAAAAUUGUACUAACCCUGCAGGAGUACAGUGCCUUGAAUUUCAGCUUUUCAGUUCCAGCUGGAAAGAGAUGUAAAAUUAUUUGAAAGGUGUAUUUUAUUUACAAUCUGCUUGCGAGUUGAAGAUGGUUUUUUUUUUUUUAUUAUUAUUAUUAUUAUUAUUUGCAAAGAUAUUGAAGGUUUACAGUCAUCAGUUUCAUUCUGCUGUAAAUGCUUUUAUUUUAAUUUCACGGGUUGAAUUUUUGCUUCUGGAGCUUUUAAAAAAAUCAAUAAUAGUGAGGUGAGGUUUGUUUGAGAUGCUGGUGAAAAAAUUGUUUGUGUAUGUACAAGGAGUAGUGUAAUGCACAUUUUAAAAUAGGAGCAUUUACAGAGUGGUCCGAGUGAGUUGUAUAUAUGGAGAGGCAAUAGCUUCGGGCAGUGCAAUUCAUUCUCUCCCCCUCUCUUGGGUUAAGUUGUUGUAGAUGGCAACUCAUUUCUCUAACAGGCAGGCAAAUGCUGUUCUCUUCUGGAUCAGCAGCAAAUUGGAUUACAUUUUCUUUCCCCUACUGGGCUUUUUCAAUUUAGUUAAAUUACAAAUUCAUGCAUGUUUCAUAAAUGAAAAAAAUCUAACUGAAACCUUGAUUGUAGGAGAAGGCGUCUCCGGGUCACUUGUAAGUACAGCUCCUGCCUGUAUUCCGGCUUCGGUUCGCCCGCCAAGCUUAAAAAUGGUGUUUUGCCACUGACGUGCUAGCAGUAUUCACGCUAAAAUGGAAUAAAAAUGUGAAGCUAUUCUUUUUCGUAUCUGAUACUUCAGUUCUGGAGUCUCACCACCUUUUGUUUGAAAAAUUAUUUUUUUAUUUUUUUAUUUUUAGCUUUAAUUGAGUUUGCACUCUAGGUGGCAUGGACACCUCUCUCCUGUUUGAAAGUUGCUUUUUGCCCAUUUUACUGUGCGUAGAGUCUCCAACCUGCACCUCUCAGUUUAAAGGCACAAGACAACCGCUAAAACUGACGUGCUGAUGGUAAGUCUCCUUCCCCCCGAAGGCGCUGAGGGAGGGCAUCCCGGGGGGCAGGUCCCCGAGCACGUGGUCACACCUGGAGGCACAUUGCUCUGCAUCUCUACUGCGAUGAUAUUUAUACUGUCUGUUGAAGGGCAGAGAUGUCUUGUGCUGCCAAGCUGUGAAUUGUAUAGUUCUAUUGUACUUUCAGCAUUAUAUCUGUCUAAAUUAUUUUGUUUGUACCCUUUGAAUAUAUUAUUCCAUCAAUUCAGUUAGAAUUGAAUUUUAUAGACAAUUAUGCAGAGUCUUCUGCCUGGGCAAAAUACUUACUGUAGUAAGAGAUUUCUGUUCUCUGUAACAUGUAUCUUUAAUUUGUUUGGGUUUUUUAGAUUCAUGUCUGUAUGCUUCAUGAGCAAACAUGGAAAAUAUGUUCUCACACCAGUUUUCCUUCAGCUUGCACUGAAUCUUACAGUUUAUGUCGCUAUUGCCUGUUGUAUAGUCCAUCCCUUGUAUACUGACAAAGUCAGUGGCACUAAAACCCACAGGAAAUUGUAUAGAUUAAAAAGAAGAAAAAUAAACAUUUUGUGCUUGAAAAUUGUGUGAAAAACACAGGUUUUUUUCUAAAAACAUAGAAUUGUGUCCAUUCCCAGGUAACUCCAGUUCCUGGGUAACUCUGCAUUUGUUUUCCAGACCUUUACCCCUUGACUUAGGUAGAAGGGGCAGAUGUGAUGCCUCCAGCGGUUUCUCAGGUUCUGCCUGUAGCUCGCACGUCCCCACCUCCUGGCAGCUGUACAAGUGCCACGGUGCUCCACAAGUCCCAUAGUGCCACCUCACAGGUUACAUUGCUCUAAGUCCCCUGCCCACCACCGCAUUUCUGGUGUGGUGCUGCCACAGCCGGGUGGGCUGGCAGGUUCCCCAGGUUCCCGUAAGCAGAUGGUGCCUUCAGUACUGCUGAGGGUACACAUGAGGACGCUAGAGCUUGGUAGGUGAUGGCAGAGGCACGUGGGCUCCCUCUCUCCUAGGGAAGCCCUUUUAACUUCAUCCUGGCAUCAUUUAAACGUGAGAAAGUGGAGAGAGGAGAUGUGGCCUCAGUGCAAGCUGCCUCUUGGCGGUGGCUGUCGUUGCUGCAGGAGAAAUUAGGGAAGGAGGUGCAGGAAGAGGUUUGAAACUUCUGCUUCUGUCUUGCUUUGCAUCCGAGCCGUGUGGCUUUGCUGUCUGCGCUGCCUGCCUUGGAAAGCCUGUGCCUGUGUGACGAGUGGGAUGUCCCCUCUCCUGGGAGGGGUGGGAUGUCCCGGGUCCCAGGACGGGGGCUGCGCUGUGUGACGGGUGGGAUGUCUCCUGUCCCAGGCAGGGUGGACAGCCUCUCCCAGUGGGGCUGAACUGCAGCUUCCGAAUCUGUCCCUAACUCCCGCUUCUUGAGCUGGAGCUGGGGCCAGCUAAAGGCUCAAGAUUGAUGUUUGCAUUUCAGUAUUCAGGAUUUUAAUUUUCUGAUCACCAUCUUGGCUGCAGUUCUUCUGACUAUUAACUUCAAGCUACAUUUUCUUACCCUCCAUCCUGUCAAAGGGUGCUCUGACCCUCAGUGGCAAUUAAGCAAAUGCCAUGAGAUGAACUUGAGCAAAAGAGUGAGGGCAACCGAAGGGUCUGCACCUUCAGAGGUGGGGUCUGCACCCAAAGAGGCGUUCCUCUGCAGUUCCCAGAACUGAAUUAAUUUUGUUCCUGACUCUGAAUAUGGCUCUGAUGUGCAGUGAACAGGGUGCAAACCCUCGGGGCAGAAUUCCCCCCCUGGCCAGUUGCAGGCCAGCAGCCGGGUCCCAUAGCUCUGCCCUCUCCCCCAGCGCACGUGUGUGAAAUCAGUACACAUCCUCCACUUUAAACGCGAGGGUUUGAUGCGGGGGUUCACAGAUCCUCCAAUUUUCAAUCUUUUAGAAGCUAUAGAAACUUAAUACAAAUACUGAAAGAAUGUUUUAAACUACCAAGUCAUGCACCCAGUAAUUCGGAAAUGCCAAAUUAAGUUUACCCAUAUGCCGUUAAUUUGGCUUUCCGAUUGCCGUACAUCAUGAUGGAGUAUCUAAAUGUGUAAUCACAUCCUGCUUUCCCCCUGCGUUCCUGGCUUGCUUGGAGCGGGGCUGGCCGGGGAGGAGAGCUGCUUGUCUGCUGCAGGGAUGCGAUGCGGGGAGCAGAGAUGGUAGGGAGAAACGUUGGGACGUUUUAAGGCUCUUCUGCAAAUCCCCAUUCAACCCCCCUGACAUGGACUUAAUUCGAAAGAAGGAUGUAAAAUUGUCCCAUGCAGUUUUUUUGCUUGUGUAACUCUGAUCUCUAUUCCAGAACUUUAAAGAGGAAAUAUUAGUUAACUGUUAUUUUACACCUAUCUUCAAAGUGUUCCUUUUUUGCUGUCUCCUGUAUAACUACUUUUCUCUGAAAUACUUGACAUUGGCUGGUAUCAAAGACGAGAUGAACGAUUGCAUGGGCCACAUGUGGCAAUCUCUUUGCUCCUACAGAGAUUUUUGUGUUUGGGAAUAGAGCACUGUCAUGACCAGUGGCAGUAUUUCUGAAAUGAACUUCUUAAUCAAGUUGCAGGUUUUGCCAUUUGGUGUUUGUGGAAGGAAAUCAUAGUUGCUCUUUCCCUUCAAGCACUUUUUUUUUUGUCCCAGUGCACUAUUUUCAAUUCCAAAAACAUACAGAAUUUUUCCAAAUGAGCCCUGUGGACUUAGCACUUGGUGGGUCCGUGUUAGUGUUGUUCAGUUAGUGCGUGUUUGAGUAGGAAAAACAUCUGUCCUCCUUCAUUCUUGGGAAGUUGGCUCGGGAGAGUUGUAGUCAGAAGUCUCCCUUCUGAAAUUAUUUGACCUCACCAUUGCCUUCCCUGUGAUCCCCUUAAAUUAAGCAAGUCUUUUUGAGUAAGAUUAAUGUCUCAGAUGUUAGCUAACAUGGCAAAAGCCUACCUAGUUUUCUGCCUUGCUGCCAGCAAGCCCCACUUAAGUGUUCCAUAGAUGCUGGUGAAACUGUUGGCUUGGAGCCAGAAGGCACAAAUGAUUGUGUUUAAUACUUCAGUAAGCUUUCCUUGCAUUCUCUGGUUGUUCCUCUGCCCUUGUCUGUCCCUGAAGACAUCUGCUGAUGUUUGUGGAGAAGGAUGGCAGUGCUGAAGAGGUUGCUGAGUACAGGCAGGGGCUCUGCAGAGACGAGCAGGGAAUUCAUGCGCUCCUUGCUGUCACAGACAGAUGAAUAUCUUGUUCUGGGACUGAAUUUAUGAAAGAGCAAAACCAUAAUCACGUGGAAUUUCUUGCAAUUGUUUAUUGAUUGAAUCCCUGAGAAGCAUUUCUUUGGUUUGUGCUGUUGGGCUGUGGUUGGCUGAUGCUUGGGCUGAGCUUCAGUUGAGUAUUUGGGCAAGCUCUCUGGUGUGCUGAGCCUUGUGGUGUUUCUUCUGAAGAAACCUGGUAAAUACAAUUGUUUUCCUGUCUAUACACACCUGAAGUGAACCGUUGAUCAGAUGGGAAUUGUGUUGUGACUUGCACAUGUUGGUGACUUUUGGCUGGAGUGACAUUUGCUUUUUCAGGUGGGUCUGUGUGUGGAGCCAUCCCUGCAGAUGCAGCAGGAAGGUGACGUUCCAGCCCUGACCAUGCUGGUUCUUUUAUUAAUGCAGAUAAGCUCCAGAAGUGCAACAUAAUGAAAUGGAUCUUAGGAGCUGUCAGGUUACAAAUUCUGCAUUAUGAAAGAAUUUGUUGCUCAGAGGGAUUUGGAUGUACUAUGAUGCUGACGUGUCAGUAGAUUACUUGUAACUGAUUCAUCUGAAACUCAGGCUUAUAGCAGGAGGCAGCAACUUCUGUCAAUUAUUUGGUCCUUUCUGCUUUUUUUUUUCAGAGCCAUAGCUGUAGCGUACUAUCAGGUUUGUUGCUAUGUACACUUGGAUCUAUAUUUGACUGCAAAGCUUCUCCCUUGAAGUGACUUUCACAUGAGCAGUUUAGAGGCUGUGGAAAUCGAGCUUUCAGCCUGAUGUGCAAAGCCUCAUUAAGCAUUAAAUUUUGCUUGAUGAUGCAUAGAAGAGAACCUACAAUUUUGAUAAAGUAUCUGUUAUAACAGUGAAAUUCUUGUGAUGAAUUUUUGGGUUUUCAAAUUCUGUUAAGCAAAGGAAGCUUGGAUUAAUUUCUUCUGCUGUAGUGCCACUGGAUGGAUUCACAGCGUGCAUGUAGUGUGGUGGUGUGUUUGCACAUCAACAGGGGAGAAGGAAAAGUUAGGAUUUAUAUUUUUUCCCUUGGAAAGGAGCAGAUUCCCAUACUUUGCCUUACAUUCUUGAGGCACCACUGAGUGCAGCUCUUGAGGAGAGUCAAGGGACAGAUUGGGCACAGUGAGAGCCUCUUGAGCUGGUCUUCUGGGGACUUCUUUGUGUCUGUCAUAGUUUUUUCUGAGCUAUUCAGAGCUUUGACACCUUGUAAAAAACUAGGAAGUUUAAGAAGAAAUAACUAGCUACCAGUCCUUCUCAAGCAGGUGUUCUUUAGAUCUGACAUAAAAUACUCCAAGAAAUAAAAAAAGUAUUUACUUGUGUGUUGUUGUUUUCUUAAUUACUUUAUUACUUUGCAAAUAAGGUAAAAACUUCCUCAGUGUUCAGUUUUUGUUUAUCAGGGUAGAUAAACUGUAUCUGGUACCAUCCUCACUGUGAGUCGGCAGCUACAAGAUGUGCAAUCGCUGCCUUUUUCCCGUAGUUCUGCCCAGCACAGAGAAAAUGUUGAAUGUAGUUGAGCUCACUCAUCUCUUUAGUGCUGUUAACCUUUCGGUCUUUGGUUGGAAGUUCAGGUGGACUUCAGAAUCAGAAGUCAAGAGGUUGUCCACAGGAUGUGGGCUAAGCAUCUCUGAGGGUUUGUAUGAAGAGCAGGUGCUGGGAGAGCUUGCUCUGGCUUUGGCUUGAUGGCUGAUGGGUGGUGUAACUGGGGGUCAGGCCCAUUGCGGGCUUAAGGCUUUUCCCCAUGACCUGGAGAUCAUUAAUUUUGUCUUGUUUUGUCUUCCUGGAUGAGCUUCUGUGCCAAAUGCUGGUUAUCACUAGCGAGCAGAUGUUGAGAAUGGUGGUGGAUUCACUUGGAUCUGCAGAGCUGAUAUUGAGCAGAAGCUCAGGAAGGAAUUUGUGAUCAAGUCAUGGUUGUACAUCCUUUAGAAGUGAUUCCUCCUAUGAGGAGGAGCAAAAAAAUACAGGAGGGAGAAAAUUGGGACCUCAUUUAAUAAAAGCAAAGCCUAGCAUGUGGAGACCCACCAGGAGCUAAGCCAAAAACAGAUGUCUGUUUGCACAGUGCGCUUCUCCGCGAUGUCCCUUGUCUUCCUUGCUGUUUUUAAAGACUGACAGCAUUUUUUCUGAAAGCACGUAGCAAACCGUGUGCUCUGUGGAACCCAGUGUGGGUGCUUGCAGGUCCAGCCGCAGUGUGCACGCUUCCGUGCUGCAGGGCUUUGGUGCAUGUCGGUGGGAGCGUGUUGCCCGCCCAGCCCAUGGGCACCAGCGGGGCACGUACCGCGGGGUGGGGGGACGCCUGGUGGCACCCUGUGCUGCUGCUGCUUCGGCCUCGUGCUGUGCUCUCCAUGUGUUACUCUGGUGAUGGCAUCUCAAGCCCUCGGCAGCUCUGUGCCCUGCGGCGUCCGGCUGGCCGUCUUGCCCAUGGUCUGCAAAGGGUGGGGGAAGCUGAUGGAUCCCACCCCUGCCUUGUCUUCUGCUGGCAUGGAGAAUGGCAUCCCUGCGUCCUGGGCAGGAGGAGGGUCCUGGGCUUGGCUCCGUUCCUGUCGGACAGGGCGGGUGGGCCUGGGCUGUGCUGCUGAGCUGCGGGCACAGGAGAGCCGUAGCCCACAGCUUGUCCCAGCAGCCCCCAUCCCUGCAGCAGCCUCUGUUGGUGCUGCCCCCUUUCCUCCCCCCCCUUUACUGGGCUGGAGUCCCAUAAACCAAGAGAAUCACGGGGCCUCUGCUGGCUUUCUCUGUCGCUGCCUCCUGGGAGAUUAGCUCUUCCCCCACGGGAGUGGGGACUCGGGAGUGACUCCCCAAGAUGCUUGGGUUCUGCCACCAACAUCAGUUUGUUUGGGCUUCUAAGCUCUGGGUGCGAGGCGGGUGAUGUCUGAAUGGAGGAUUUGGGUUUCUCUUUCCCUGUGGUACCCGAAUGGCACCCAGCGGCUGGCACGCGCCGGCAGAAGCACCUUCCACGUGCUCAUGUGCCCCUUUUGGGUUUUGUUUGGGUUUUCCUAUAUGUGAAAUCCAUAUAUGGAUUUUUUU